AUGUCUGGGGUGGUGAGCCUAUUCACUGCAUCGCUGACCACGAUUCAAACCGUGGUCAGCAAUGCCCGAACAUUGUCGAGACUCGCGCAUGAUCGUUUUCGACACUCAAGGAUCGCCCUCUGUGAUGCACCCUGCAUAUGGUAUGCGGCAAAUGCCGUGAAACUGCACUGUUACACCCACGUGGAUUCGGUAUCGGAAACGCCAGAAGAGCUGCAUGCCGAAAUCAUGCAGGUCAUGCCUGCUGGACCUCGCUUCGAGAGACCACGACACCGACGCGGCGGCAUCGUCCUGCCAUCUCAGGAGAUCGAAGUUUCCACACGACGGAAAUACACUACCGACAUCAACACCAAUCCGAAAUCCUCAUCGUCGAGCCAACCCAUCACCUCAUUAUCAAACAUCUACUACGGCACCCUCUACGCCUACACUCCCGAAGUCCUGCCCUCCGCACACCGCGGCACCGGCAACGGAAUCGCCAUCGCCUGCAACCGGAUCAUGGGAAUCAUGAGCGCAUUGGUCGGAUUGUAA